UUUCAUCAUUACUUCAAUCAAACGCAAUCAAGUCAGAAGCAAAAAACACACCAUACGAUAAAACAUUGAAUUAUUUACAAAAAAAUUGUGCAAACUAUUUUAUUUGAAAGUGAAUUGCAAUUAUAAAUAUAUAAUUUCAGAAUAAACAGUGUUUAAAACAUAAAUAUAAACAAUAUGUCGCUGUUUGGUUCAUUAAUGGGUGACUUCGAUGAUGACAUCUUUGGAAAUCACAUGAAUGCUAUGAAUAUGCAGAUGCGUUCUAUGAACCGUUUGAUGAAUUCGUUUAUGCCCGAUCCCUUUAAUAUGUUGACCAAUUUUGAUGGCGGUUUUCAACAAAAUGCUUUAAUGGAACGUCAAAAUCCUCAUCCUAUGGGUGGUUUAUUUGGUUUUCCUGCCAUGCCCAAUAUGAAUCGUUUAUUAACUGCAGAUAUUGGCAAUAAUGGCGGCGCUGCAUUUUGUUCAAGUUCUGUCAUUACCAUGUCUUCUGGACCGGACGGACGUCCACAAAUCUAUCAAGCUACUAGCAGCACAAAAACUGGACCAGGUGGCAUACGCGAAACCCGCCGUACUGUACAGGACUCAGUUAAUGGUGUUAAAAAAAUGGCUAUCGGUCAUCAUAUCGGUGAUCGUGCUCAUAUUAUUGAAAAAGAACAAGAUUUACGUUCGGGUCAAUUGGAAGAACAUCAAGAAUUCAUUAAUUUAGACGAAGAUGAAGCCGAAGAUUUUGAUCGUGAGUUUACAACAAAAGCACGUGGUUCUGCUGGACGUAUGGGGGCUAGAGCUAUAUGUGCUGCCGGACCUGUAGCACCACCGCAACAAUCACUUACCAUCGAAGAAAUUGAGGAUGACGACGAUGAUGUUAUUGAAACGGUUCCUCAUGUCCAAAGACCUUCGUCAUCAUCUUCACAACAUCGUAGACAUAUGCCAGCUAUACCAGCACCAUCCCAACCACCAUCAACUCAAUUACAUCAAAAUAGCUCUACUUCUAAAUUGAGUUCGUCUACUACUUCCUCGGCUACCAAAAUGUCGCCGUCGUCGUCAUCUUCUACGUCGAGAAAUAAUAUAAAUGACCGGUCCUCGACAACAGCAAUGUCAACAUCAUCAACACCCACAAUUACGACAAGCGGCAGUAGCAGUGUCAAUAACAAUCCAUAUUUAUCGACUACUCCCAGACGUUCGACUUAUCGUGGCAGUCAUCAUUUGACAGGAGCCUCUGCGCGCAGACCUCUGCGUACGCCUCCAUCUUCGCCCUUAGCUACAACACCAACACUUCACAGUCACAGUACAACAUCUACGCCAAGCGUACAUCCACAUCCUUAUAAUACCUCGGCAGCCAGACGUUCCCAUCAUCAUCACCACAGCCACCACCAUCAGCAUCGUCCUAAACAACAUGGAACAAAACCACAGUAUACCACAACUACUACUUCUGCUAACAGCAAUAAUCAAACAUCUGUCUCUCAGUCACAACAGCAACAACAACAACAGCGGGAGGACGAUAGCAACUCCAAAUAAAUGUGUGACCAAGAUUUUAAAUAAUUGCAAAAAAGAAAAACUUUCAUGUUUUUCUUAAGAUUUGUUUUGGGAACGAACAGAAAAUUAUAUUAGGAUUACAUUUAAAUUAACUAUGGACAAAAUUAUUAAUAUUAUUUACCUUAUUUUAUCUUAAAAAUUACAUUUAGUUUAUUUAGUUUUACUACAAAUAUCUAAUAUCUCAAACAAAAUUCUAUCAACUGUGUGAAUGAGUCCGAGAGAGAAAGAAAGUACGUAAGAUAAAUUCCAAGUAUGAUUGUUGUAACAAACAAAACUUUUGGUCUUUGUUGGUAUGGCUGGCCGUGUUAAGUUGGCAAAGAAUUUUACUAAAAUUGGAUUUUUUAAAGCUUCCUUUUUUUCAAAACAAAUUUAUAAAAAAUAAUAUAUUUUAUGCAUUUUUUUAAGUUUCCUUUUAAUAACACUAUUCUUGUAAUGGAAUUUUUAAUUUAAUUUAAUUUGAUUUCCUUUUUUUAUGUUUUUUUUACAAAAUUCAAGUCCCUUUUUUAAAUUAAAAAAUUCAAUUAAUAUCAUUUAUGUUCUAUUUUAGUUUUAUUUAAACGUAAUAAAACAAUAUCGUAACGUAAUGUAGUAUGUAAUAAUAAAAAAAUAACAAACAAGUAA